ACGCAGAUUGAAGUAGUAAAUAAAAGUGGGAUUGGAGAGAAAGAAAGGAAUGCGGAACAACCAAAGUACACAGCACAGAACAGAACACACACAAAACAAAACAUUCCAACAUUAAUCAACAACAACACAACUACAUCUUCACACUCUUUAACUGUGCUUCUUUUCUCAUUCUCCAAUCAAAUCAGCAAUGCCUAUCAACGGCGAAUCUACUCCGCCUCCGGUCAUCGGAAAAAUCGGUCCUUACACUGUUUUCAUGACGCCGCCUUCAACCCCUAAACCCUCUUCCGAUACUCUUCAUUCUCCAACUAUCAAGAAUGCCAAGAUCGCACCUCCUCCACCUCAGAUUCACCCCCCCCUUCCUCCUUCCAAAACCCUCUCCUCCUCCGAUGCUUCCUUUUUGGGUUUUUUCAAGAACGCUGUCACCAAAGUCCAAACCGCUCACUCAAGUUUGGAUGACCAUUUGGCACGUUGGUUUGGGUUGAAUCAGUCAAAGUAUCAAUGGGCUCUUGAUGAUUAUUACGAGACCAAGGGAACGGAAAAAGGAGACGUAAAAGUGAAAGAAAUAUCAAGUAAAGUACAGAGUGUUUGACUUUCCUAGUGGUGGUGAUGGAUUUAAUCAAAAGUGAGAUGUGAAGAUUCUUGCUUUGAGUAUAUUAAUUAAUUAUAUACCUUUGUAUUUACAUGUGGAGUAGAAAAAAUUCGUCUGAUAUGUUCAAGAGUUAUUUGAUAUGAUUCAAUGGUCAUGGUUAUUUUCCAACUCUUAAAGUUGAGUCUGAUUAUUACCAACUUAUUUAUUCUGUGGCAAAUGUUUUGCUUUUGCAUUGUAUUGUAGUUUAAGUCGUGUUUUAAUUUUUCGUUGCCUAGGAGCUGUUUUUGUAUUCGCACUUGAUUAAGGAGAAUACAAAAACAGCUCUCAUGAUGGGAGCUUUAUCUUCAAAUCAUUUUGUAUGCCUUAUGAUCCCUACAUUAAUAUUGGACAAUAUCAAAGGGUCUCUGAUUUGGAUCGUC